GAAACAACGAGCUGCAGUACUACACUACAAACCGAACCGAAAAUGUCCGCCUAGAACAGGGCCACCUGCUGAUAACGGCAAUUGCCGAAGAGUACAGAAACUCCUCCUCGCUGAAGCGAAACUUCACCUCAGGUCGCAUUCGAACGAAGGCUGCAUGGCGUUACGGUAAGGUGGAGGUGAGGGCGAAGAUGCCCGCCGGGAGACAACUGUGGCCGGCCAUUUGGAUGAUGCCACUGGAGAGCAAGUACGGCGGAUGGGCCGCCUCCGGGGAGAUCGACAUUGCCGAGUACCGCGGGGAGAGGGUGAACGAGGUGAGCGGCGCCAUUCACUACGGCGGAAGCUGGCCGAACAACAUCCAUUCGGGCAGUGGCGAUCGGACCUUUGAAGGUGUCGACUUCAGCCGUGACUUCCACAACUUUUCAGUAGAGUGGAACAAGACGGCCAUCAGCUGGCAGGUGGACGGGAGGACCUUCCACGUGGAGAACAUCAACCGAACGAUGUGGUCUGGCCGGGGGGAGAAUCCGUACGCCAAAGUGGGCCAGCCGUUUGACCAGCCAUUCUACCUGCUGCUCAAUGUCGCCGUGGGAGGAAACUUCUUUGGGAGUGCUCCUCCGGUGACGCCGGAUGAGGCGAAACGGAACUGGACACAGCCUCAGCUUGAGGUCGACUACGUGAAGGUCUUUGAGUGGAAGAGGUAG